UGAAUAAUAUAAAAUGAAGUCAUUUUCAAGUAUCUAGAAGUAAUCAAAAGAGUCACGACCAUCUCAAGGAACGUAACGUGAAAGGGUGUUGGAUGGCGGGCAAGAAGGAUAUGCAUGCUUGCUUGUUGGACAGUUCUUUGACCUGAAGGCCAAAUCGAAUCUAUUGAAUCCUUUCCUCUUUGCUAAGAUCCUUCAAAUUCCAUGGAAACAUUUCUUGUUUUCUGACUUUUGCAAUACUGAUACUACUUCUGACUGGUGUCUUGAGCCAUUCCAAGUUCGAGUUCAUCAACUGCUGCACUGGUUAUAUCUUGGUUUAAAAUUUGCAGGAGGAGGAAUGGAAAUCUUAAGAGGUUUUUGGAACAGUCCUAUAGGUCCCAAAACAACUCAUUUCUGGGGACCUGUUUUCAACUGGAGCAUCCCUAUUGCAGCGCUUUUAGACACAAAGAAACCCCCGGAAAUGAUAUCUGGCAACAUGACUGCAGGUCUGCAAAAAUUCAUGUGCGGUUAUUCUGCAUUGUUCAUGAGGUUUGCAUGGAUGGUACAGCCACGUAACCUCCAUCUUCUCGUAUGUCAUGCCUCGAACGAGACUGUGCAGCUGUAUCAGCUCUCUCGUUGGAUCAAGGCUCAAGAGUAUUUCCUGAAGAAAGAGGAAGCUGAGACACAAGGCAGCAAAGAUUAAUACUAUAAGAAUGAACUAAUGAUCCUUUCAGCUUGAUCCUCAAUAAACUCUAUUGUAAAAUUUGCUUCUUUCCUCAUCAAAUAUUUGGCAUGAUACUUGAUUGUUUACAUAUAAACUAAGAAAAAGGGGCAAUUUUCUUUUACAAAGAAUAGAACUUCAUCAUGCAUUUCAUUUC